AUGUUUCUUGAUUAUCUAGUGCACGAGUUUAUAACACUUGGAGGAGGAGAAGAAGUAUCACGCAGUCAUGUUACCACCGCUCCUUAUUACCUUGUAACCGAUGCAGUUUACAUUAAUGGUUCCAUCUAUUAUGGUGCUUGGGCCCCUAAGCAAAGAAUGGAUACGGUGAUUGUGUGUUUUGAUGUUAGACACAAGAAGAUUAGAUUUAUCAAAGCGCCUAGGAAUGUUGUGUUUUGGGAGACUGAAUCAAUAUUGAUGGAUUACCGAAGGAAGUUAGCUUCGGUUUUAGUAAACCCAUAUUCUUCAUUCCGAAUUUUUGGUUUAUUGAUACUUGAGGAUACCAUCAAACAUGAAUGGUCCAAGCAAACGUUUGAGCUUCCUAACAAGGCUGGUGAAAUCAUGUUUUCCCCAAACACUCUCCCACCCGUUGAUAAACCAUUCUUCAUUUUCUACUACAAUGUCGAAAAUAAAGACAUGAGAAGAGUUAGGCUCCAUGGAGUUGCCACAUAUAGCACAUUGACCCUAGAGCUCUUUGGAAGUCAUACUAAAACCAAAGUUACUAGAGUGAAUAUUUCAUCAGUAAACUCUGGAAGUCAAUUUGUUUCAUUAGGCCUAACCCAAACUUUGGAAGUCAACUUCAUAUUGCAAAAGCAUAGUAUGGUUAGCCAGCACAUAACCAUCGCUUUUUUCAAUAUGACUUUGUUUAACCAAACUUUGGAAGUCAACAACAAAGUUGUUUCAUUAGUCUAG